ACAGUUGUGUGGGAAGCGACCUUCUUCUCGUCCUCUUUUCUCUCUGUGAAACGCCUCGUUUUCUCUCUUCUUCCCUGCCUCUCCGCGACUGUAUCUCAGCCCCCGCUCCGACGGCCUCUUUGCGUCUCCCGCCAGGCUUGCGGCGGCCUUGACCGAGCAAAGCACUACGCGAAAAGGCGCUUCGCCUCUCCCUGUCUUCUCUUUCUUCUUUUCUCUGCAAAAGCUCCCCGUUUUCCCCCGAAAAGUCUCCUCCUUGGCGCUGUCCUCUUUCCUGAGGAGGCAGAAGCCAGUCUGCCAACCCGACGCCUUCUUCCACGCCAGUCUUCCGCGUCUUGCUCUCGAGGGCCAGCAUCCCUCUUUCUCUCUGGACGCAAGCUCUCUUUUCGAACGUUUCCCGCCCUGGACGCCUUUACGCUUCCGGAGACAGACUUCUUCUCUCUCUGCGACUGCGUUCGCCGAUCCUUCUUUCCUCCCCUCCAAACUCUCUUUCUCCUUCGACGGCCGGAGAAGCAGAGACUCCAGCCUCCACCGCUGUUGGUACGUCUCUCCUCCUCCGCCUCCGCCUCCUCCGCGUCCUCAGGCUCGGCUGCUUCUCGGCCUCUCCCCUCCGUCUGGUCCCGUCCACGACGUAGCUGUCGCUUCUCCGGCCGAGUCGCCGCUGCGCAGAACGCGCGAGAAACCGCAAUGAACGUCGACCCCAACGUCCUCAAAAGGCUCGGCGGCCUCGGCGCCGCUGCCCUCGCCACGGCGGCCGGUGGCAUUGGCCUCUUCAACUAUUCUCUGUACAACGUCGAGCCUGGACACCGCGCAAUUAUUUACAACCGCUUUUACGGAGUCCUCGACCGCGUCUACUCGGAGGGAACUCACUUCUGCAUACCUCUCGUCGAGCGGCCUGUCAUCUACGACGUACGAUCCAAGCCGCGCACCCUCGUCUCUCUCUCCGGAUCCCGUGAUCUUCAAAUGGUGAACAUCACAUGCCGCGUAUUGUCGCGGCCGGAUGUGCCAAAGCUGCCGACGACCUACCGUCUGCUGGGCAAGGAGUACGACGAGAAAGUUCUGCCCUCGAUCAUCAACGAAGUCUUGAAGAGCGUUGUCGCGCAGUUCAAUGCCUCGCAGCUCAUCACGCAGCGAGAAGUCGUUAGCAGAGCCGUCCGAGACCAGCUCGUGGACCGCGCGAAAGACUUCAACAUCCUCCUCGACGACGUCUCGCUCACGCACCUCAGCUUCGGCCCAGAGUACGAGAAGGCUGUGGAGGCGAAGCAGGUCGCGCAGCAGCAAGCCGAGCGAGGCAAGUACAUCGUUUUGAGGGCGCUUGAGGAGAAGAAGAGCACGAUCAUCAAGGCUCAGGGAGAAGCCGAGGCUGCGAAGCUGAUCGGAAAUGCCAUCAAGAACAAUCCGGCCUUUCUCGAACUCCGGCGUAUAGACACCGCGAAGGAGGUCGCCAACACCAUCAGCAAGUCCUCCAACCGUGUGAUGCUCAACUCGGACAGUCUCCUUCUGAACCUAAUGGGGAAAGAUUUCAAGACCGGCGUCUCGGAGCUCACUGGCGGGAAGUGAGGAGAGAGUGAAGUUCACAUUCAAAUCAACGAAUGAACGUCUGAAGCAGUUUCGCGCAUGCGCGGCGGCUUUGCUGGCGUCCACGCUGAACUUCGAAUCCCAGCAGAUCUGCCGUCAAAAUUGCACUUCUCCUGUAUGUCACUUCUCGCCGCCUGCCUCAGCGGCCUACAUCCCAAUGCGGUAUCUAGACAGCCGAGAGCGCCCAAACCUGCUGGGCGUUUCGCUGGCUUUUUUCGUUUUUCUCUGUGUUUUCGUUGCGCCUUCGCAUCACUCUCCCUUCGUCGGCGUUACUGCAGACGAGAACUUUGCGUUUUGAGAAGAGUAACGCACACC